AUGAACUGGCAGCAAUUACGGUCCGGUUUGCCCCCUGACCGGUUUAAAAGAAACGGCGUCGUUUUUGGCAAAUUUGGCUUACUUCCACUCUUGCUUCCCUCGUGCUCCAAGUCUUCAACCCCUGUUCGCUGUCACCGAUCGCAGUUGCUUCCUCGAGCUCGGCGUCCGUCGUCUUUGUCUGUUCAGCCGCGCUUCCGCCGCCGUUUGUUUGCCGUUCACGUUCGCGUCUUCGUUCGCGUUCUUCGCUGUUCAAGUUUGCUCGGCGUUCACCGUUCGCGUUCACUCGCCGAUCACCGUUCGGGUUCGCAUUCGCGUUCGUCUGGAAGCCACGUUGCUCUGCUUCAAACUCUGCGACCAACCCGCGCGCUCAACCUAGCCGUCGAACUGCUCUCUUUUGUAGCCGCCAACCUUGCUUGCUCCACACAAGGCACAACGGCGCAGCACUCCCUCUCCCUCCCUCACCUUCGAGCUCGUCCUUCCUCUCACCAACGGCGAGCUGUCUCCGUCACUUCCGUCCAACUGCUGGACUGCUCCCGCCGCCGUCGCAGGUUGGAGCCUCAAAGAUUACAGUUGCCAUCGUGCAGCUCUCCACCAUCGUCGCCGGACUCGCCUCCUGUCUCCGUCGCGCACCUCUGUUCCACCGUCGCCGGCGUCAGUCGGUUGCACCUGUCAGUUGCAGUGAAGCACAGUCGACAGGAUCGCCUCCUGCCUCCGUCGUGAACUCUGUUCCACCGUCGCCGACGCCAUCUCUGUUCCACCGGCCAACGCUACUCCCCUGGAUCUGCUCUGCUCUGUUAUGUUCUAUACUUCUAGCUUUUAGGUAUUAUUUUAUAACAAUAAUUGUUGAAUAAUCUGUGACGGUUGAAUAAUUAUUAAUUAAUCUGUGAAUAAUUGCUGCUGUUACUGCCUGAUUACCUAAGCCACUUGGGCAAAUCUAUUAGUUUAUGCUAUUACCACAUAUUCACACUGUAUUCCCUCCCAGAUCAGAAGCUCACCAACUUUUUUAUGCCUUCGGUGAUGAAUUGCUUCUUUAGUUUUAUGUUAUCUUCUUCUACAUGCCCGAGGCCUAGCUAGUCAAAUGUUUGUGCAAUAUGACGUAUUGUUUUCAAUACCGAUAACAUAUAAAUAACUCUAUGUAGGUAGAUAUGUUAAGUAAUAAUGUGUAUUAUACUAUAUUGUUGCUAACCAUUCAAUGCAUUAUUAAUUUAUUAUUCAGAUCAGACUCUUAU